GCGGCGGCGGCGGCGGCGGCGGCGGCGGCGGUGGUGGUGGCAGUGGCAGCGGGUGAGGAGCCUGCGGCGGCGGCGGCGGCGGGGGCGGAUCCGCGCGCGGUUGAAGAAACAUGGCAGCAAGGCGAAUUGCUCAGGAGACUUUUGAUGCUGUAUUACAAGAAAAAGCUAAACGAUUUCACAUGGACCCCAGUGGUGAGGCUGUAGGUGAAACCCUUCAGUUUAAAGCUCAAGAUCUUUUAAGGGCUGUCCCAAGAUCCAGAGCAGAUAUGUAUGACGAUGUUCACAGUGACAGCAGAUACUCCCUCAGUGGAUCUGUAGCUCACUCUCGAGACACUGGGAGAGAAAGCCUGAGAAGUGAUAUAUUUCCAGGGCCUUCCUUCAGAUCAAGCAACCCUUCCAUCAGUGAUGACAACUACUUUCGCAAAGAAUGUGGCCGGGAUCUGGAAUUUUCGCACCCUGAUUCCCAGGUCAUUGGCCACCGGAAAUUAGGACAUUUACGUUCUCAGGACUGGAAAUUUGCGCUUCGUGGCUCUUGGGAGCAAGACUUUGGCCACUCAGUUUCUCAAGAGUCCUCUUGGUCACAGGAAUAUGGUUUUGGUCCUUCUACAGUACUGGGGGACUUUGGCUCCUCCAGGUUGGUUGAGAAAGAAUGUUUGGAGAAAGAGAGUCGAGAUUAUGAUGUGGACCAUCCAGGGGAGGCUGACUCUGUGCUCAGGGCCAGUGGUCAAGUCCAGGCCAGAGGCCGAGCUCUAAACCUCAUUGACCAGGAAGGUGCCCUCCUAGGAAAGGGGGAGACUCAGGGCCUGCUUACAGCAAAGGGGGGUGUUGGGAAACUCGUCUCACUGAGAAAUGUGAGCACAAAAAAAGUACCUACUAUAAAUCGUAUUACUCCCAAAACUCAGGGCACUAACCAAAUCCAGAAAACCGCCCCAAGUCCUGACAUGACCCUGGGGACAAAUCCAGGGACAGAAGACAUCCAGUUCCCCAUUCAGAAGAUCCCCUUGGGGCUGGAUCUGAAGAAUAUUCGGCUCCCCAGAAGAAAGAUGGGCUUUGACCUCAUAGAUAAGUCUGAUGUUUUUUCAAGAUUUGGUAUAGAAAUAAUCAAAUGGGCAGGAUUUCACACCAUAAAAGAUGAUGUUAAAUUUUCCCAACUUUUCCAGACUCUCUUUGAACUUGAAACUGAAACUUGUGCUAAAAUGCUUGCCUCAUUCAAAUGUUCCUUAAAACCAGAGCAUAGAGAUUUUUGCUUUUUUACUAUCAAAUUUUUAAAGCACUCUGCUUUGAAAACACCCAGGGUUGAUAACGAGUUUUUAAACAUGCUUUUAGACAAAGGUGCUGUGAAGACCAAAAAUUGCUUUUUUGAAAUCAUAAAGCCCUUUGAUAAGUAUAUAAUGAGACUUCAAGACCGGCUUCUGAAGAGUGUCACACCUCUGCUUAUGGCCUGUAAUGCCUAUGAGCUAAGUGUCAAAAUGAAGACCCUCAGUAACCCCCUGGACUUGGCUGUUGCCCUUGAGACCACCAAUUCUCUCUGCCGGAAAUCUUUGGCUCUUUUGGGACAAACAUUCUCCUUGGCCUCUUCAUUCAGGCAAGAGAAAAUUUUAGAAGCUGUCGGCCUCCAAGAUAUAGCUCCCUCUCCUGCCUCUUUUCCUAACUUUGAGGACUCAACUUUGUUUGGUAGAGAGUAUAUAGACCACCUGAAGGCCUGGCUGGUUAGCAGCGGGUGUCCUCUCAAGGUCAAGAAAGCUGAACCAGAGCCCACACGAGAGGAAGAGAAGAUGAUUCCUCCUGUGAAACUAGAAAUUCAGGCCAAGGCUCUGAGUGGUCUGAGUGAAGCACUCCCCCAGCGAGCAGAUCACAAGGUGGUAGACACCAUUGACCAGCUUGUCAUACGUGUUGUCGAAGGCAGCCUGUCUCCCAAAGAGAGAGCUGAUCUCAAGGAAGACCCUCUUUACUGGUUUUUGUCUGAUGAAAAUAGUCUGGAGUAUAAAUAUUACAAGCUGAAGUUAGCAGAAAUGCAGCGGAUAAGCCAGACCUUACCAGGAGCUGAUCAGAAGCCAACCUCAGCGGAGUGUGCAGUGCGGGCAAUGCUAUAUGCCCGGGCAGUCCGCAACCUCAAGAAGAGACUGCUUCCAUGGCAGCGUCGGGGGCUCAUCCAUGCUCAAGGUCUCCGGGGCUGGAAGGCAAGGAAAAUGAGCACCGGGACUCAGACCCACUUGUCCUUGGGCACAAGGCUGAAGCACCACAGCCGGCAGGCUCCAGGCCCCUUGCAGGCAAAGCCAUUGCUGCCAGACAGAAACAAUGCUGGGAAGGAUUACCUACCAGAUCCUGCCCGACCCUCUCCUUGUGACUCCACCCCAGAAGCCUCAGGCCCAUCCCCCAAGGCAGCAGGAGUGGAUGUCUCUGAAGCCCCUGAGACCUCCUCUCCUUGCCCGUCUGCUGACGUUGACAUGAAGACAAUGGAGACUGCAGAGAAACUGGCCAGAUUUGUUGCUCAGGUGGGACCAGAGAUAGAACAAUUCAGCAUAGAAAACAGCAUCGAUAACCCUGACCUGUGGUUUCUCCAUGACCAAAAUAGUGCUGCUUUCAAAUUCUAUCGGAAGAAAGUAUUUGAACUUUGUCCAUCAAUUUGUUUCACAUCUUCUCCAUUUAAUGUCCACACCAGCGGGGAAAGUGCAGAUUCUCAGGAGAGCCCCUUAGACCAUGUGGAAGGGGAAGCAGAGUUUGAGGAUGAGCCCCCUCAGCGGCAGGCUGAGCUGGAGAUCUCAGAGGUGAUGCCUGAGGAGGAUGAAGAUGAUGACGAGGAUGAUGGGGACGGGGCAGAGGAGGCCCCUACUCUCGGAGUGGCCAGCAAAUCUAAGGGCAGUACCCCUGCUGAAGGCCUCCCCAGUGAAGUUGCAGAGGACGACUCACCCGGAGUGCCUGCCCUGUCACAGGCCUCUUCAGGUACCUGCUUCCCCAGGAAGAGGAUCAGCAGCAAAUCUUUGAGGGUUGGCAUGAUUCCAGCUCCCAAGAGAGUGUGUCUCAUCCAGGAGCCAAAAGUCCAUGAACCAGUUCGAAUUGCCUAUGACAGACCUCGGGGUCGUCCAAUGUCCAAAAAGAAGAAACCCAAGGACUUGGACUUCACGCAGCAGAAACUGACUGACAAGAAUCUGGGCUUCCAGAUGCUACAGAAGAUGGGCUGGAAGGAGGGCCAUGGCCUGGGUUCCCUCGGGAAAGGCAUCCGGGAGCCCGUCAGUGUGGGAACCGCCUCAGAAGGGGAGGGGUUGGGUGCCGACGGGCAGGAGCACAAAGAAGACACAUUCGACAUGUUCAGACAGAGGAUGAUGCAGAUGUACAGACACAAACGGGCCAACAAAUAGGUUCGCUGAAGGAGAGAGCCUCAUGCUAGCCAAGAUCAUCUGUACCCGGCCUGCCCCGGUGGCGGCCCCUGUCCCUGGCUUCACAGAUGCAUGCAGGCUGUUCCUUGCCAGCUCACAUAGAAAUACUCUACCCCUCUCUUGCUCGAGUUUUCUCUCAUAUUCUCACAUAUCAUAGUCACUUCCCAUGUAACCUGACCAGGCAAUAGAUUAUUCCCUAGUCAAGAGUGGGCUUGCAGUCUGUGCAAAUAUAAGGGCAAACAUGGAAGCCACCUCCAUAGAGGAUAGCAGUUGGCUGCCUCCUUUUCUGAGGGUCUUCAAAUCCUUUUCCUUGUGAAGUGCCUUGCGCCUAUAAAUACUAUCAUCUUUCUACUCUUUUUUUAGUUGCCCUUCUCACCCAUAAUUUCCAACUCAGCUUUGAACAGAAUCACUCUCUUCCUGACUAGAUCAAAACCACUGAUGAGAAAGAUAAGCUUUGAAACAGCAAUUACCCUUAAAACAUCAUCCCUGCCCUGGAUCUGCCUGGCAGAGCCAGUGCCCAAGUACAGUUUGGUGUGUACGUGAAAACAAACAUCUCUGCAGUCUUUGGGAUGGAGGUUUCACUAGCUUUUCUUAAAAAGAAUCCACUAUUUUCAAUAUGGUUUUGCCUUUCCCCUCUCUUCCAAAUGCUUUUAGCAGCAGAUCCUUUCCAAGUCUGUCUCAGGUCCUCUUCAGAAGGUGAUGCUGCCCCCAAAAGAGACCUUUGUAAGUGCUAAGGAACAAGCUCCUCUAGCUAGUAUUCCAGUCUGAGAGGCCAUUGCUCUCCAGAAGUGCUCUUUUAGCAAACAUGAUGCGGAAACGAUUACAGAUGUUUUCUUAGAGGAGGCAAAUCAGUAAUUGCCAGGUCUGCACUCUGGUACCAAAACUCUGAAGCACUUUGAACACUUAAGAUCAGGGGUCCUCAAACUGCAGCCCGUGGGCCACGUGAGGUGGUGUGAUUGUAUUUGUUCCCGUUUUACUUUUUACUUAAAAAUAAGAUAUGUGCAUUGUGCAUAGGAAUUUGUUCAUAGUUUUUUUUUUUAAACUAUAGUCCAGCCCUCCAAUGGUUUGAGGGACAUUGAAUUGGCCCCCUGUUUAAAAAGUUUGAGGACACCUGAUUAAGAUACUUGAUUUCGAUACUUGAUUUCAGGGCGACACCUGUGGCUCAGUGAGUAGGGUGCUGGCCCCAUAUACUGAGGGUGGCAGGUUCAAACCCAGCCCCAGCCAAACUGCAACGAAAAGAAAAAAAAAGAUACUUGAUUCGAUGAAUGUGUGAAUGGUAUCUCAUCUCUUAAAUAUGUCCUGAGAGACUUAGCAAAAUCUUAGCAACAGUAUAGCAUAGCUGUAUUUGGUGGGGAGUAAUUGUUCAACAAAUUAAACUUUCCUCAAAUUUACAUGUCUCUUUAGAAUCCACAGCGUAAGCAAACUACAAUAUACUGGAGUUUUUUAAAAGCCACAUAUGGUGUUUUCCCCCCUACAAGAGGGUAGAAGUUGUAAACUCUCUAAGACUCUUCAUUUUUUGCACGUGUGGCAAUGUUAAGAUUGUUUUAUUACAGCCUUUGUAAAGAAGAGAAAGGCUCCUCUUGGGGUGAGCUCUGCAGCUGUUUGCGAUUUCAAGGCGUGUGAUUGCUGCCGUCUUCCAGACUCCCCAGUGCCCCACUGCUUAUACUAUACGUGAAAUUCUCAGGCUGUGGGAAUCUCAGCCCUUCUUCAUAAAGCAGCAGUGUUGAAUUUUUAAAUACCUGCUAAAAUCUGGAAGACUUGGGAUCCUGAUGACUCUUCAGGAUCAGGGGACACAGCAAUAGUUAGGAUGUUAGCAACAGAACUGAGCGGGAAGUGCUGCUUUCAUUGGCUGGGGAGAAAUCCUUGCUUUCUUUAAGCCACAGACCUCUUAGGCUCCUCAGGUUUUCACUGGUCUGUCUGGCCCCCAGUGCCUCAGUCCCCUGAAACUAUUUGCUUCUGGUCUCUUCUGUUGCUUGUCAAUCAGCAGAUCUCAAUGGCUACAGAGGUGCUGGAGUUUGCCAGCACUGAGGGUGGGCCUUGGAUUUGCAACAUGAUUCUCAAAUAAGCCAGCCUGUAGGGGCCCAGGGUGAAAGUGGUUUGGGGGAACUACAGGUAUGGGAGUUCAUCUUUCUUUCCCAACUCUUCCAACAGCUCCCAUGUUGGCUGUGGGUCAGGUGAAUGGAUAGGACUUGGAGAACAGGGCUUGGCCCAUCAACCCUGAGCGAGGUGCACAUACCACCAGUAGGGAUUGAGCUCUUCUCUCUAGCACACAUCUGACCAUUGUGUGCACCUUGUCCCAUUGUGCUCAUUCUUGACUUUCUUCACUUCUGUUAAUUAAAAAGGCAAUUCCUAGUGGGCAGGCACUGACCCCCACAGCCUCUUGCUGUUCUUCCCGGGGACAUCCUGGUUUGAGCUGAGAUGGGUUCUGUGAGCCUUUAGCAAGCAUCAAAGGGAACACCUACUUCUUGAACCUAGAAAGUCCCAUAAACACUCAGGACACCUUUCCUGUGGAUUCAAUGGUAAGGUAGUGAAAGUGUUUCCAGGAGCCCAGGAAGUGUGGCAGUGCGUCCUUUUGCCAGCUGUUGCUCUCCUUGUCCUCCCCACCCCUUUAUCUUAACCAAGGCUGUCCUUGCUCUCCGCAAAGGCCACUCUGCAGAAAUACUGCGUGCAAGCGUGAUGUGUGGUGGCACAGCCCUGUCAAAGUCACAGCAUCUUUUCUGUCCUUCUAGUUCCAGGGUCUCUUCCGUGAGGACAACAGGCAUCCGGAAAGUGCAUACACGCCACUUUGGGUGCUUUCUGUCUCUGGCUUAUUUCCAUCACUGGAAAUCACUUAGAGAAUUUUAGUGUUUUUGGUCCCUGGUAAAACCUAGAAGACAUUUGUGAUGUCACAAAAUGGAAGUUUUGUUUUUUUGUUUGUUUUGUUUUAUAAAUCUAAGAAGUUGUAAAUGUUAAUCAUUUAGCAAUUGCAAUAAAUGUAGAGGAAA